UGAUUGUCAUAUCAUAAAUCCAUAAUCUGUGGUACUAAAGGGCUGCUGACGGAUGAUGUUUUGAAGUGGGUAGAAGCCAAAUGUGUUAUUUUUGUGAUGAGUGUUCGUGUCAUUUUUAAGGUAAAUACGAUUUAUUUUCAUUCCAAACUACCCUAUAUUAAAGCACAUUUACAUUAUGCUCGGAUAGCGGCCGAUGACGAUGUAAUGGCCUGCGCGCCGACGGCCUGCCUAGGUGGCAUUUCGAUGUCAGAAAAAUUGGAAUAUUCUGGGUUUGAUCAUAUCACUAUUUGUUAGCAUAUUUGUCGUGUAAAAUGCGAUGCAAAGUGCAAACAUAGUAGAUUUAUAUGCUGAUUAAAUGGUUGAUUGGACGUUUUGCGUGGUUACGGCGAUACGGCGAUGGAAGUCAAGUUUUGUGAUGAUGAUUUGUCCCUACGCUGUGGGAACGUACAGCUGCUAUCACAGAUGUCAGAGGUUACUUUAAUGCCAAUCCAGGCGCCACAAUGGACCGACUACCGGAACUGUCCGGUCUGCCGGCGCGAGUUCGGCGCUCCGCCCCAGAGCCCCGUCAGCCUCGGCUGCGGCCACACCCUCUGUAGGCACUGUGUCAAGCACCUGCAUAAGAAACAAUGCCCUUUCGACCAGACAGUUAUACAAGUGGAGCCAGAGGAGCUGGUAGUCAACACGGCGCUUCUCCAAUUAGCUGGUUAUACGCCCCCCUCCCAGCCCUACCACCCACCCUGUAUAGCGGCGCUGUGCGAGCGAGACAGACGAGCGUACGACUCCGUCGUGCGAUGUAUGGAGAGCUUGGCCGUCAUACUGAAAUAUACUGGAAAUGCAUCCAACAACACCGUAGCUGGUCGUCUCUCCCGGCCGAUGCAACGCAAGCUUGUGACGCUUCUCCAAUGUUGCGUCACAGACGAGGAGGGGCGGGGACGAUGCGCGCGGGCGGCGCGGUCUUUAGGCGAGCGUAGCGUCACUGAGUUGAUACUACAACAUCAGAACCCUCAACAACUGAGCGCGAACCUAUGGGCCGCCGUGCGAGCGAGGGGUUGCCAAUUCCUAGGGCCAGCCAUGCAAGAAGAGGUCCUGAAAUUAGUUCUACUAGCCCUUGAGGACGGGUCGGCACUGUCCAGAAAGGUGUUGGUGAUGUUCGUCGUCCAGCGAUUGGAGCCCCAGUUCCCUCAGGCGUCCAAAACGAGCAUCGGUCAUGUGGUCCAACUGCUGUACCGCGCCUCGUGUUUCAAGGUCUCAAAACGCGAAUCAGAUUCGUCCCUAAUGCAACUCAAAGAAGAGUUUCGCACGUACGAGUCGCUUCGACGCGAGCACGACGCGCAAAUAGUACAAAUAGCCACCGAAGCUGGGCUCAGAAUAGCCCCGGACCAGUGGAGCGCGCUGUUGUACGGAGAUACGGCGCAUAAGAGCCAUAUGCAGAGCAUUAUAGACAAGCUCCAAACGCCGCAGUCGUUCGCGCAGUCAGUCCAGGAGCUGUUCAUAGCGCUCCAGCGUACCGGGGACCCGCAGCAGCUGGUCGUCAUGAGCAUGCACCUGGACAGGCUCGCCGCCAUAGACGCCAGUCCAGAUGCCAAAAGCCCCUCGUGGCAGCAGCUAGCCGAAGUGAUGGCAUCCCUGAAGGAAGUAGUCUCCGGGCUCAUACACUACUUGCAGCGGAGCACCUUCCACAAUCAGAAGCCCCCGGAGCCCUCUACUAGUCAGCCCUCCCCCCAAGCGGCGGCGACCACCCCCACCCACUCCAAGUACAAAGUGUCCAUGUGCCGCGACGCCGCCGCCCGGUCGUUUUGCCCGCGCGGCAACGCCUGCACAUUUGCCCACUCUGAGGAGGAACUGGAAAGGUACCGCGCCCACCUGAACUCAGCGCAGGGCGCGAACGGGAACGGGCUGUUCCUGGCGCCGACCGCGAUGCCCCCCGCGCUCCCCGCGCCCGUCAUCUACCCGCCCUUCCACCCCCCGCCCUACGUGCCCGUUAUGCCUUCGAUGCCGCCUCAAAACAUGCAGUCCGAGAUUAUGUCGAAUGCCGAGUUUAACCAGGAGAAUGCGCUCGCAGAGCACGGACAGCCUUCAAACUUCAACCACAUGCACAACCAGCAACUGUUGCUACCCGAGCGGCAGUACUACCCGCGCAACGUGCUACCGCCCUCGGAGUUCCGCGAGUACCUACCCGUGUACCGGUCCGGGUACCCGGAGUCCGUGUUCGAGAACGCCAACUACACUGGCGCAGAUCAAAGGGAGCGUGAGUACUUAUUAUUAAUAGUAGCAGUAGACCCGUGGCAACACGGAUAUGAAAAAUAUCAAAAACUGACUUAA